CGAAGUAUGGCGGAGUCGCAGCGGUGUUUGGUUGGUUUGGUACCGUGAUUCCGGUUCUUCGGUCGUUUACGAUUCGAUCCUGACUACAAAGAGACAACUUAAUUAGCGGACAAAGUGGAAAUAAUAGAUCGAGAAACGCGCGAUUACGCACGAAAUCACGCGCAAGAAGAUGUCCAAGGCGGAUGAGAAUGCGGACACCGGUGACACGGGCGACAAUUCAAAUGGCUCGUCGGCGGAGACAACGUCGUCAAGGGGCGGCGAUUUCGAGACGAAACUCGAGACCGAUCGCAGCAAGCGGUUUGACUACUUGCUCAAGCAAACCGAGAUAUUCUCGCACUUUAUGACAAACAAUCAGAAGGACAAGGCCGGCAGUCCGCUUAAGGUCAAAGCCGGCAGGCCUAGAAAGCAGCCGGACAAUCCGAAAACGGAUUCCGGCGAUCACAGACAUCGCAAAACCGAGCAAGAGGAGGACGAGGAACUGUUGGCCGAGAGCAACGCCAGUGUGGCGCCCACCACGCGUUUCGAAUCAUCGCCGCACUAUAUCAAAUCCGGUGAGUUGCGCGAUUAUCAGAUACGCGGUUUAAAUUGGAUGAUAUCGCUCUACGAGCACGGUAUUAACGGGAUCCUGGCCGACGAGAUGGGUCUCGGUAAGACAUUGCAAACCAUUUCUCUGCUCGGAUACAUGAAACACUUUCGCAAUAUUCCCGGUCCUCACAUUGUCAUUGUGCCGAAGUCGACGCUGGCCAAUUGGAUGAACGAGUUCAAAAAGUGGUGUCCCAGCCUUCGCGCUGUCUGUCUCAUAGGUGACGCCGAGACCAGAAACACAUUCAUUCGUGACGUUAUGAUGCCCGGUGAGUGGGAUGUGUGCGUGACUUCUUACGAGAUGGUUAUCAAAGAGAAAUCAGUAUUCAAGAAAUUCAAUUGGCGCUACAUGGUGAUAGACGAGGCGCAUAGAAUAAAGAACGAGAAGUCUAAGUUGUCGGAAAUUCUCAGAGAAUUCAAAACCACCAAUCGACUUCUGUUGACGGGCACGCCGCUUCAGAAUAAUCUCCACGAGUUGUGGUCACUGCUCAAUUUCCUUCUGCCGGAUGUAUUCAAUAGUUCGGACGAUUUCGACUCCUGGUUCAAUACAAAUAGCUUUUUAGGUGAUAAUUCUCUGGUCGAGAGAUUGCACGCGGUUCUGAGACCGUUUCUGUUGCGGCGCUUGAAAUCCGAAGUGGAAAAAGGACUUAAGCCUAAAAAGGAGAUUAAGGUAUACAUCGGUCUGAGCAAAAUGCAGAGAGAAUGGUACACUAAGGUGUUGAUGAAAGAUAUAGAUAUAGUGAAUGGGGCGGGGAAGAUAGAAAAAAUGAGACUGCAAAAUAUUUUGAUGCAAUUGCGAAAAUGUUGCAAUCAUCCGUAUUUGUUCGACGGUGCCGAGCCUGGACCGCCGUAUACCACUGACGAGCAUCUGGUUUACAACUGCGGCAAAAUGGUGAUACUUGACAAAUUGUUGCCAAAAUUGCAGCAGCAAGAAUCUCGAGUGCUGGUCUUCAGCCAGAUGACGAGGAUGUUGGAUAUUUUAGAAGACUACUGUCACUGGAGAUGUUUUCAAUAUUGCCGAUUGGACGGCAACACAGCCCAUGAGGAUCGACAGCGGCAGAUCAACGAGUACAACGCGCCCGGCAGCGAGAAAUUCAUUUUUAUGUUGUCGACCCGCGCGGGUGGUCUAGGUAUCAAUUUGGCAACCGCUGAUGUAGUCAUCAUUUACGAUUCCGAUUGGAAUCCGCAAAUGGAUCUGCAGGCGAUGGACCGUGCGCAUCGUAUAGGUCAGCAGAAGCAGGUUCGGGUCUUCAGGUUUAUUACGGAAAACACUGUGGAAGAGAAAAUUGUCGAACGUGCCGAGGUGAAGUUACGACUGGAUAAGCUCGUUAUUCAACAGGGACGUUUGGUCGACGCCAAACAGACGGCACUGAACAAAGACGAGAUGUUGAACAUGAUCAGGCAUGGCGCGAACGAAGUGUUCGCGUCCAAGGACAGCGCCAUCACCGACGAGGACAUAGAUACCAUAUUGCAGAAGGGCGAAGCGAAAACGGAGGAAAUGAAACAGAAACUCGAGAGUCUGGGCGAAUCGUCGUUGCGCAAUUUCACCGUGGACGCGCCAACGGAUUCCGUUUACCAGUUCGAGGGCGAAGAUUACCGCGAAAAACAAAAGAUUCUCGGAAUAGGCAAUUGGAUCGAACCGCCUAAACGCGAGCGCAAAGCUAAUUACGCCGUUGACGCUUACUUUAGAGAAGCGUUGAGGGUUUCGGAGCCGAAAGCACCCAAAGCACCGAGACCACCGAAGCAGCCGAUAGUUCAAGAUUUUCAAUUUUUUCCACCGCGAUUGUUUGAACUACUGGAUCAAGAGAUCUAUUACUUCAGACAGACGGUCGGUUACAAAGUCCCGAAAAAUCCGGAACUCGGAUCGGACGCCGCUCGAAUUCAAAAAGAGGAGCAGCGUAAGAUUGACGAUGCUCAGCCGCUCACCGAUGAUGAGGUAAUCGAGAAAGAAAAGCUGCUGCUUCAGGGUUUCACCAAUUGGACCAAACGAGACUUCAAUCAGUUUAUCAAAGCGAACGAGAAAUACGGCCGCGACGACAUAGAGAAUAUUGCGAAAGAGGUCGAGGGAAAGACGCCGGAGGAAGUGGUGGAGUACUCGGCCGUUUUCUGGGAGCGUUGUCACGAGCUCCAGGACAUAGACCGCGUGAUGGCGCAAAUCGAGCGCGGCGAGGCCAAGAUACAGAGACGCGCCGGCAUCAAGAAGGCGCUGGACGCGAAAAUGGCCCGAUACCGCGCGCCCUUCCACCAGCUCAGGAUAGCCUACGGGACGAACAAGGGCAAGAACUACACCGAGGAGGAGGACAGAUUUCUCGUUUGUAUGUUGCACAAACUCGGAUUUGACAAGGAGAACGUGUACGAGGAGUUGCGGGCAACCGUGAGGUCGGCGCCGCAAUUCCGUUUCGAUUGGUUCGUCAAAUCCCGCACUGCCUUAGAAUUACAACGUCGCUGCAAUACUCUGAUAACCCUGAUCGAGCGCGAGAAUCAAGAGCUGGAGGAGCGCGAGAGACAGGAGAGAAGAAAGAAGGGCGGCAGCAUAGGAACGAAACCGGCUUCGAAGCGAAAACAAGAGAAUUUGCCGGCACCUCAGGACAAACCGCGAAAAAAGAAAAAAUAAAUGAUACCGUAUGGGGUUUUGAUCACCCCAUCGAUCCCACAAAAGCCGCAAAGAAAACGCUAAGGAAUAUAUCGCCGAAAGUGUUGUAUAACUUUCACAUACACGCGCACACGCACACGCACACGUUUGCCGUUAAUAACAACAGUGUUGGUCAGCAAAAAGCGAAAUUCAUAUCAUCAUUAUUAUCAUUACUUUUUUAUCUAGUUACAUCUAGGCGUGGUGAUUAGAAUACAUUGAGAGGGUACAAUUACGUGUCGUCCCUCCUUCGCACGAACUUUUAUGUAAUAUCCAAACGAGUGAAAAACAAAUAGCCGGUGGUGUAUUUGUGCAACUAUAAAAAGUGAAAGUAAUUUAUAAUCGUAUUGGCUUGUUUUUUGCUCUUCAAAUUAUAUCUUCUUUUAACAAUGUUAUCUCAAUUAUUUCUAAAGUGUGUGUAGGAAUAUAUUAACAUUAGUGCAACUUAGAUCAUGUUCGAGAUGGAGUAGAAUCACCUUUUUUUGUUUUUUUUUUGUUUUUUUUUAAUUUAAAUUUUCAGAAGAGAAAUAUGUAUUCACACAACGAAUCUAUAUAUUUAUACGUGUAGUUAUAGUUUGCGUAUGUGUAAUCCAUUAUCGUCUAUGGCAAGAAUACGGGCCUAUCGCGAUCUUCGUACGAGACCGUACGAAGUAUGUAUAUCUGUAUUUGUUACAUUCAUACAUUUAUACGUUAAUUUUUAUAAAGUGAAUUCAGCUAUCAAAGUGAUCGCUAUAUUUGAUCGCCUGCACAACGACGGCUGUCUGAAAUAAAAAAAGAAGAAAGAGAAUCUCACACACGGUCUCCUCAGAAAUCCUUGGAUCGAUAAGUAACACUAUGUGUUUCGUAAGUUUUUUUUAAUGUGCUCUUUUCACAAUUACACAGUCGUUUAUGACAAAAGGAAAUACGAAUGGAAUACAUGUAUAUAUAUAUAUGUAUAUUUUUUUUUUUAAAUCUUAUCUUGCCGGAAGUAGAAUAGAGCUUGAAAAUAUUCACGAUAUUCCAUCUUUUUCAUGUAAAUAUACAUCGUUAAAAUUUGAAUUUUAAAAUAAAUAUCUCGAGAGAGAGAUAGAGAGAGUUGCAUUAUUCUAUACAUAUCUUUGUCUAAUUCUUUAACGAUUAUUCGUGUUAUAUGCUUUAAAAGUCUGUGAUAACAACAAUAAGAGUAAUAAUACUGGUAAGUCGGUAUGGCGCAAUCAGGUUUCUUUUUUUUUUUAAGCAAAUCUUAUCUUGCCUAAAAAGUGAAUAUUUUCUAGUAAAUAUUUUCCAUUAGGAAUACCUACACUACGUUACAUGUUUUGUUUAAAAUCUACAUUUUGCAAUAUCGAUGCUUUAAUAUGGAUUUUUUUUAUUUUUUAUUUUUUUUGACAGAUAUAUUGGUGCUAUAUAGUUUGCCAAACAGUUUUUUUUUACAGCAUUUUCGAUUUUGAUUAUUCGAUAAAAGAAUUUGUUCAUACACUUUUGUUCGCGAAUAACUUCUUACAUAUUAAGGUAUUGACUAAGUUGAACAGAGUUACUUCCGGAUUCCCGACUAAAUGUGCGGAUAAAAAAAAUUUUUUGUUUAUCUCGUUGUUUAUAUAUAACGAGAUAUAUGUGUGUUUAUUUCUACUAUGGUGCGAUUGAAAAAAAAAGAGAUCAAUUUGCUACACAACAAUGAACAUGCUAUUUGAUAUUGAAAUACAUUUGUAUAUCGCUUUUCAUUGACUAAUCACACUGCUUUUUAUUAAAAAAACAAGCGCACAAAAGAGGAGACAAUUUGUUUUCGCGUAAAAUGUACAUAACAAAGAGUAAAAACCGCCAAAAAUAUACAAACAAAAAAAAUUGACAACUUCUCAAUAUAUAAAUGUGAGAGUUUCUCGCAUACAGUUUUUUUUACAAAGUAACGAUAUAUAAUAAUUACACAUAAAUCUAAUUCUAUUUAGUACACUGUACAAUAUGUAGAGAAAUACGUGUCAGAAAUAAAACAUCUGAAUAACUUUUCUAAAAAUAUAAAAAACUAAAAAAAAGCACGCGUGUCUAUAUCUACAUCAUGCAUAAUUUUGAAUAAUUUUACAUAAAUUAUGUAACUUUGUAACAUUUUACACCUGUUAUUUGUCACACAAAAUAAACAAUUUUUAAAUUAUCUUACACAAAAAAUAUCUUCUUGCACUCGAUCGCAAUGCAAGCGUUUAUACGUAUUUCGUUCUACAAGAGUUAUUCAGAUAUUGUGUUUCCAGAAUUUUUCUGCAUCAAGUUUUGUGUCCGUUAUAUUAAAAAUCGACUCGAGAUCUCGAACGGAGAGAACACUUACCAAUCGUAUUGGUUAAGCAGUCGAAUUGUUCGAAUGGAAGAGAGAACUGACCGCGUUCGUUUGAGGAAUCUCGAACCGAUUUCUAACAUCGUGGACACCAAACUUGAUGAAGAGAAGUGUCUUUACAUACAUAUAUAAAAUAAAUAAACUUGAAAACUAUAUGGUAUAACAAUAAUUAGAUAAAAAUAGAGGAGAGGAAUGGAUUAUUAAGUCAAACGUUUGAGCUUAUACAAUAUAGUCCGCUUAAAUAUUAAAACACAUUUCAUUUUUACAUAAAACAACUACUUAAUUAUUAUCUUCUAAGGCCACGUUUCUACGAUGCUGGAAAUCUGUCUGAAAUCUCGAACGGAGAAAAAUUUGAUCGAGAAUUGGUCAAUUCUUCCCCCGUUCGAGUUCUUUGGAUUAAUUUCAGGCAUUGUGAACACAAGGCUUAGAUCUCGUAUAUCUUUCAUAAUUGUGUAUGGAGAUGCGUGUCAGAUAAAUGUUAUUUAUUUUAUCAGAUAAAUAAUUUAUUUUAUGAAAAAAACAAUGAAAAAAGUUGAAGCUGAAGGAGUUGUCCGAAUGUUUCAAUAUCGCAAGAAUUAUAUAAUAAUUCUUAUAUAUCAUAUAUGUAUCAUAUAUGUAAUUAUUAUAUAAUAAUUCUUUAUAUCAUA